AUGCCUCCUCCUAAGAAAGCAAACCGUAGCUCUGUCAUCUCCUCUUCAUCAUUGUCCUCAUCUUCCGGGGACAGAUCUAUAACCGAUAACUCAAAGUUGGAUGACAUGAUCGCUGGUGAGACUAUUAACAUCUCUCCACAGGAUCCAUUCAAGGACACACCUGAAUUGGACGUAACAAGCGCCACCUCAGGCACCAUCUCCAAGAUGGUAUCAGAUGAUAUCAGCUCCAUGAUGGAUUCUUCAUUGCUACCCACAGGUGAAUAUAAACUAGAUAGAAAUAAACCAGAAACCUACUUGAAUAGCGAUGACAUUGAAAAAGUUACACAAUCUGAUAUAUUCCCUCAAAAACGUCUUUUUUCAUUCCUUCAUUCCAAGAAGAUACCGGAAGUACCCUCUUCUGAUGAUGAAAGAAAGGAAUACCCUCUAUUCCAUGCAAAUAUACUCUCACAACUUUUCAUUUGGUGGGUCAUACCUAUAAUAAAGACCGGGUACAAGAGAACUGUUCAACCAAAUGAUCUGUUCAAAAUGGAUAAGAGAAUGUCCAUCGAAACAUUGCAUGAUGCCUUCCAAAAAAAUAUGGAUUAUUAUUUUAAGAAGGCUGAACAAAAAUAUUUGAAAUCACAUCCAAACGCUACUAAUGAAGAACUAGCUAAACAUAUGAAAUUACCCAAAUGGACCGUGUUAAAAGCCAUCGUCUUUACAUUCAAGAGACAACUAUUCGUCGCUACUGUAUUCGCCAUCCUGGCAAAUUGUACAUCAGGUUUCAACCCAAUGAUAACGAAAAGAUUAAUCGAAUUCGUAGAAAAGAAGACUUUCUUUCAUGAUAUGACAGUUAAUGCUGGGAUCGGGUAUGCUAUUGGGGCUUGUAUAAUGAUGUUCUUAAAUGGUGUCUUUUUCAAUCAUUUCUUCCACUUAUCUCAAUUAACAGGUGUCCAAGCCAAGUCUGUUCUAACUAAGGCAGCAUUAAAUAAAAUGUUCAGAGCUUCCAAUUAUGCCAAGCAUCAAUUCCCCAAUGGGAAAGUUACAUCUUUUGUCACUACAGAUCUUUCCAGACUAGAAUUCGCCAUCUCAUUCCAACCUUUCCUUUUCGGAUUCCCCGCAGUGUUUGCCAUUUGUAUCGUACUAUUAAUUGUCAAUUUGGGUGCCAUCUCACUGGUAGGGAUCGGUGUCUUCUUCUCUGCAUUCUUUGCCUGUCUAUUCAUCUUUAAACAAAUUUUGGGAUUAAGAGUCGUGGCAAAUAAAUUUACUGAUGCAAGAGUUACAUUGAUGAGAGAAAUCCUGAAUAAUAUGAAAAUGGUUAAAUAUUACGCUUGGGAAGACGCCUAUGAGAAAAAUAUUCAAGAUGUGAGAGGUAAAGAAAUUAAUACAGUGAGGAAAAUGCUUUUCAUUAGAAAUUUCGUCAUCGCUAUGGCUACCGCUCUACCAUCCGUCGCAUCAUUGGUAACUUUCCUUUGUAUGUAUAAGGUUAAUAACAUGGGCAGAACUCCAGGUAAUGUCUUCUCCUCAUUAUCAUUGUUUCAAGUGUUAAGUAUUCAAAUGUUCUUCUUACCUAUCGCAAUUAGUACUGGUAUUGAUAUGGUUAUUGGGUUGGGAAGAUUACAAAGUUUAUUAGAAUCUCCCGAAGAUGAUCCUGAUUUACAAUUGGAAAGAUUACCAGCACCAGAUUUGAACCCUAAUGUGGCCUUAAAGAUGGAAGAUGGGGCUUUUGAAUGGGAAAAUUAUGAAUUAUUAGAUGCUCAAGAAAAGGCUGAAGCUGAAGAAAAAUUAAAGAAAGAAAUUGAAGAUUAUAAUCAAAAAUGGUAUCAUUUUAAAAAGAAAACAAUGCCCAAUCCAGAAGAAUUGGCAAAGGAAUCUACAAAUGCCAUCGAUAAGACUGCUGAAUUGAAGUUGAAGAAGGAUUUAAUGGAAGAUAAAGAUGCCAUUGAAAAGAUUCCCUUCAACGGGUUCCAUGAUUUAAAUUUCGAAAUUAAGAAGGGUGAAUUUAUCAUCAUGGUGGGCCCCAUUGGUACUGGUAAGACAUCUCUAUUGAAUGCAUUUGCCGGGUUUAUGAAUAAAGUCAGUGGAAGAAUUCAAAUCAAUGGUGAUUUAUUAUUAUGUGGUUAUCCAUGGAUUCAAAACGCUUCUGUGAAAGAUAACAUCAUUUUCGGAUCUCCCUAUAAUAAGGCUAAAUAUGAUGAAGUUAUCAGAGUUUGUUCUUUGAAAUCAGAUUUGGAUAUCCUACCAGCAGGUGAUUUGACAGAAAUUGGUGAACGUGGUAUUACUUUAUCAGGUGGUCAAAAGGCACGUAUUAAUUUGGCAAGAAGUGUUUAUAAACAAAAGGAUAUUUACUUGUUUGAUGAUGUUCUUAGUGCUGUUGAUUCUCGUGUGGGUAAACAUAUUAUGGAUGAAUGUUUCCUUGGAUUACUAAAGGAUAAGACAAGAAUCCUUGCCACACAUCAAUUGUCAUUAUUAGAGAGAGCUUCUCGUGUUAUAGUUUUAGGUAAUGAUGGUUCAUUUGAUAUUGGUACUGUGGAAGAAUUGAAACAACGUAGUUCCACUUUGGUAAAUUUAUUACAGUUUUCUAGCCAGACUGCUGAAAAGGAGGAAGAUGAAGAAAAUGAAAAUCAAGAGGAAGAAAUGGAAAAAUUGGAAAAGCAAAUGACCGAAAUAUCAAAAGUAUUAAGCAGGAAGGAAGCUGUUGAUGGACAUACUACCAUGAAGGAAGAAAGAGCCGUUAAUAGUAUCAGUCUGAAAAUUUACAAAGAAUAUUUAAAAGCUGGUGUUGGUAAAUGGGGAAUCGUGGUUGUUCCAUGUUACCUCAUAUUGAUCAUGUGUACCACGUUUUGUUCUUUAUUCUCCUCCGUUUGGUUAUCCUAUUGGACAGAAGACAAAUUUAAAAAUAGAGCCCCCAGUUUCUAUAUGGGGUUAUAUUCCUUCUUUGUGUUUUUCAGUUACAUCUUAACCACAAGUCAAUUUACUUUACUGUGUUGUAUUGGUGUCCUAUCCUCAAAAUGGUUAAAUUUAAGAGCUGUUAAGAGAAUUCUUCAUACUCCAAUGUCAUAUUUGGAUACCACACCUUUAGGUCGUAUCUUAAACAGAUUUACCAAGGAUACUGAUAGUUUAGAUAACGAAUUGACUGAAAGUGUUCGUAUGCUGCUUUAUCAAUUUGCUAAUAUUGUUGGUGUUUGCAUCAUGUGUAUUAUUUAUCUACCAUGGUUCGCCAUCGCCAUCCCAUUCCUUUUCGUUGGUUUCGUUCUAAUUGCUGAUCAUUAUCAAAGUUCUGGUAGAGAAAUUAAAAGAUUAGAAGCUAUUCAACGUUCGUUCGUUUACAAUAAUUUCAAUGAAGUUCUUGGUGGUAUGGAUACCAUCAAAUCAUAUAGAAGUGAAAACAGGUUUAUUGCUAAAUCAGACUUCUUAAUCGAUAAAAUGAAUGAAGCCGGUUAUCUUGUUGUCGCUGUUCAAAGAUGGGUUGCCAUUUUCUUGGAUGUGAUUGCCGUUUGCUUUGCUUUAAUUAUUACCUUAUUAUGUGUCACAAGAGCAUUCCCAAUUUCAGCUGCAUCAGUCGGUGUUCUAUUGACUUAUGUUUUACAAUUACCAGGUUUAUUAAAUGGUGUUUUAAGAUCAUUAACUCAAACUGAAAAUGACAUGAAUAGUGCCGAAAGAUUGGUUACUUAUGCUACAGAAUUACCAUUGGAAGCAGAUUACAGAAAACCAGAAGUAUCACCACCAGAAGAAUGGCCAACCAAGGGUGAAAUUCAUUUUGAAAACGUGGAUUUCUCUUAUAGACCUGGGUUGCCAACUGUUUUGAAAAACUUAUCGUUGGAUAUUAAAAGUGGUGAAAAGAUUGGUAUUUGUGGUCGUACAGGUGCGGGUAAAUCAACUAUUAUGAGUGCCUUAUACAGAUUGAAUGAAAUUUCAAGUGGUAAGAUGAUCAUCGAUGAUGUCGAUAUUAGUACUAUCGGGUUAUAUGAUCUUCGUCGUAAAUUAGCAAUUAUUCCUCAAGAUCCUGUUUUGUUUAGAGGUACUAUUAGGAAGAAUUUAGAUCCAUUUAACGAACAUCAAGAUGAACAUUUAUGGAAUGCUUUGGUGAGAGGUGGUGCUAUUGAACAAAAGGAGCUGAAUGAAAUUAAAGCUCAAAAGCCAGAUGAGAAGGGGAACCACAGUGAGAUGUAUAAAUUCCAUUUAGAUCAAUUGGUGGAAGAAGAAGGUGCGAACUUUUCCUUAGGUGAAAGGCAACUGUUAGCUUUAACUAGAGCUUUGGUUCGUCAAGCAAGGAUUUUGAUUUUAGACGAAGCGACUUCUUCUGUUGAUUAUGAAACUGAUGGUAAGAUUCAAGCUCGUAUUGUUGAAGAAUUUGGUCAUUGUACAAUUCUUUGUAUUGCUCAUAGAUUGAAGACGAUUUUAACUUAUGAUCGUAUAUUGGUAUUGGAGAAGGGUGAAGUAGCCGAAUUUGAUACGCCAAAGACAUUAUUUGCUCAAGAAGAUAGUAUAUUUAGAAGCAUGUGUCAAAGAUCAGGUAUAACAGAAGAAGACUUUAUAUAA